AUGCAACAACAGGAGAGACUACGUCUUCUCAGCUCCGAACAAAUCCCGCUGCAGGGCCUUUACCCUCCCAGCGGUAGCAAUGAAAAUGAAAACGUGGGUGUCCAGGAGCUCAACAACGACACCAACUACACGGCCCCCCUCAACGUCUACCAAUAUAUCGUGCUUCACGGUGAGGAUGAGAAUUCUUCCGAUACCAUCUGGAUCAAGGGCGAUGACGGCUGCCCUGCUGCCACCAAAGACCAAAAGUCGUACUUCCAGAGUACUCAGUUCAAGGAUACGUUUGCUGCCACCAGACAGUUCUACGGUGACCUCGACCCUCUCAUGAUGGACAUCUAUGACUACAAGCUUGAGAACAUGACCUAUCAGAAUGCCUAUGAUAUUUUCGACCUCAUUAACGUCGCCUCCAUCCAGGUGGGUAGCAGAAAGGUUGGUCUCCUAAGUCUUAGGUUACUAAAAUAA